AUGGACGCUGCCGCAACGCCGAUCUCCCGUAUUAACAUGUUUAAAGGGACCAACUUCCACACAUGGAAGUUCAAGAUGCAGAUGGUCCUGGAAGAGCGCGACCUGUGGUAG